AUGUCCUCUCAGCAGAGCGCCAAAGGCUCUCCCAAGGGCCCUUCGCAGGGCCCCACCCCUUGUCCCGCCCCGGCGCCCGACACCUCCUCCUGCAGCUCUGGGUGCUGCGGCAACGGCUGCUGCGGCUCCGGCGGCGACUCCGGCUGCUGCGGGGACUGUGGCUGCGGCGGAUCCAGCUCCGUCGGUUGCUGCUGCUUCCCCAGGAGGCGCCGCCGGCAGGGUAGAAGCGGCUGCGGCUGCUGCGGAGGCAGCAACCAGAGCUCCCGAUACUCCAGCUCCUCCGGCUGCUGCGGAUGCUGA